AUGCGGGUUUACUGUCGGUUCGCACCACCGUGCGCGCUUGCGACAUCGAGUGUGGAGCACGAGAAGCCGGACGCACACGCAUCUUUGCUGCCACCCCCCAUGCUGCUGUUGUCGCUGCGGGGAGACAGUGGAGGCGGACAACACACAGUUAUACUGGCAGACCCUCGCACCGGCAGCAUGGCCUCGUCUACGUGUCGCCGUGUCUUCCUCCCUCCGUGUAUGCCGCCCGGUGUAGGCGGCGCCCCGCUGUCAACCACCGAUGCGUCCCCAUGCACGGCAAAGGGGAAAAAUCAACAGGAGGAACUGUUUGACGAAAUUGUUCGUCCCUUGUUGGGUGAUUUGAUUUCCGGCAAGCCGUGUACGUUUCUUGCCUACGGGCAGACAGCAACAGGGAAAACGUAUACGAUGUUUGGGCCGAACGCUGGCGGCGACGACAGCGCUCCUCGGCGGCAGAAAAAAGAACUUGGAAUAAUUACGCGUGGUGAAGCCGACACACUUGGUCAGGAAGAAGAGGAAGAGGAAGAAGGAAUUGUACCGCGACUGCUCCGUGCCAUCUUUGUCGCACCUGGUGCUGCUGUUGAGCAGCAACGACCCGUCGUUGCUGCGGUGGAUUUAUCGUGUCUAGAGGUGUACAACGAAUGCGUUACCGACCUGGUGGCUCUUUUGCUGCAGCAGCAUUCAAGGAAGGCAGCUACUUUCAAGAAGAAGGACAGAAGCUGCGGCGCUGUGUGCGACGACGUUGUCGGCGAGGCAGCGUGGCAGGCGUGGCUGCGGUACGAGCAGCGGGGCCGCCCGGAGGAGGGGCGCGGCACCUUGUGGAGCUCAGCAUUUGAAACGACGGCGCCGCUCGGGCCCGCUGCAAUGGAGGCGGUGCCACAAAAGGUGAUGUACAGGGCGACUGAAAAGGCAAAAGUGAUGCGGUCUGUGCUGCGACUUCGGUGUGAGUCCGCGGCGGAGUGCGGUGCCCUGCUGCGCGAAGUGCUGGCGCUGCGAAAUCGCAGCCAAACAGAGCGGAAUCUCCGUUCCUCACGGAGUCAUUUAGUGCUGCGGCUUGGGCUUCGCGGUGCUGCGGAGGGGGCGGACCCAAUUGGCGAGUCUGUUUUUGUCGACCUCGCCGGGUCAGAGACGUACCGGGAUCAGGUGUGGGCUGCUGGCGACGUCGCCACGGAGUAUGACGCUGCCAUGGCGCUCCCAUCGCCGCUGCAGGCGUCGCUGACCGAUGCUCCCCUCGCGGCGUCAACCUUCACCUCAAACCGUUGCGACAGCAGUGGUCUGACGGCGGUGCAGCGCGGUGUCCUCCGCACAUGCGAGAUGCGGCACAUCAACGUUUCCCUUCUAGCGCUGCGCAAAGUGGUGCGGGCUCUUCAAGCCGCCACCGCUUCCGCCUCCUCCACUUCUUCUUCUUCCUUUUUGUCGUCUGUCAGGCGUGUUCCUUUCAGAGACAGCAUGCUCACCACCAUCCUGGAGCCGUUUCUUACCCCUGGCGCAGCGUCGGCCGUGACGUGGGUGGUGUGCUGCUCAUGCAGACAGUGUGACUUCCACGAGACCGUAGAGUCGCUCCGCCUGGGCGCAGAGGCCGCCGCCACAGCCACAUGUGUGCAGCUUUGCCCACCCUUUCCUUUUGCGCGUGUUGCACAGGAAGGUGAUAGGGGCAGUGUGGCUAGCAGCAAUCGAGGCACCAGCGUAGAGGCGCUAGUGGGCACAAGAGAUGCGCCUCCUGAUCGAAACGUGUCCCAAGCAGAUAUUGCGGCAACUGGCCCCGUUAUUCAACGGGGCCGCGGCAAGACGCUUUUCGACCCAGCGGUGGUGGCAUUGUCCGUGGAGGGGUCAGGUGGUGGCCGUUGUCGAUGUUCAGGUGAUACGGAGGAACACAACGGUAGCGAGGGAGAAGGGAGAGACGAAUUGGCGGCAUACAAGCAGUACGCACUCCAGCUACUUGAGCAGUGUACGACACUAUGCGAACGCUACGAUGAGUGUGUGGGAGAACUUGUCCGCACCAAACAGGCCAUGGCGUCGCGCGACCGCGAAAUCGACCGGCUUCGGAAGGCAUUGACAGAAAAUGGCGGUCAGCAGAAACUCUUGGAGGGGCCAGCGUCACCGCCAUUGCCGACAUCCAUCGCACCGGAUGAGAACCUCCCGCCGGAGCCCCCUGCAUGGCUGCGCAAAGGUGUGAUGUCUUCGAAAAGGAAUGAUAUCGCGUCACUGUUGUGCGGUAGUUGCGCCGUGCAGAAGAAGCCAUCACCCGUCGUCACAAGCGAAGCAGUAGACGUGGUGGGGGCUGGCGCAGAAGAAGUGGCAGCAGCAGCAGCAGAGGAGGAUCUGUUUGUGGAAUCUAUCCUUAAGCGUUGCUGCGUUCAACACGAUCCCGCACCUGUUGCUUGUAAACCUAGUGAGGCCUCCGUGCGGGAUGGCAAGCGCAAUGCACUGUUAUUGACGCCCUCUGUUUCCACCACCAUCGCCACGACGAGUGGUGAGGUGGCAGCUCCUUCCGAGAGUGCCUACAGCAUGCGAACCCCGCACCGCACAGGAGGAGGUUCUUCAAGUCUUUUGAAGGGGCAGAAUCGUCGUGAGCACGUUGUGUCAUUUGUUUCCCCCAGUAGUCACGGCGCCGUGCCGCUGACACAGCUGGCGGAGAACCGUCACCCGCGCCGGAUGUUUCCUCCGCCAUCACGUUCUGCGCUUUGCAUUCAAUCGACUGUAUCGCAGAGGAAACCACCGUUCGAGGCCCUUGUCACCGCAGACACACAGGCAAUUGCUGGAGCACAUGCAGACGGUGAUGUCAGAAUUCUCCAGCAGUUGCUGUUGCGGGGUGCAGCCCUUGUUGGAGGGGCUUCGCAGAAGCCCCUCGUUGAGGAAGGCAAUGAAGAAGAAGCAUGA